GAAAGGUGGUUUCCCUGGAAUUGGGCUAAAUAUAUUCGGGGAAAACCUGCAAUACUUGUAGAUAUAAGGGAACUAAUUGAAUGAAACAGCUCAUUUUAUUUAAGCUCAUCUCACUAUACCAUCUGCAGGGGUUAACGCGGAUUUCAUUAAAAGCUACUAUAAACAGGUUUUGAAUUUCAAAGAUGGCUGGUAAUACGAAACGGGAACUCGACAAAGCUAUAGCGGGUAUGAACAAAGGAAGCGACAAGAAAGAAGAGAUGCGAAUGAUGAUGGCACCUUACGCAAAAUGGGACAGCUUCCUUUCCCCGGCUCCUUUGUCCAUCGCUUUGCUCGGCCAGUUGAUUCUCAUAUCUUCCGACGCCGAUUUCAGUCUUCAAAAUGAAAAAGGAAACCUGAAAUUCAAGUAUCUCAAAUACCCCGACUCGUUCAGGGCCUGUCUAGUCCAAGUUAGCAAUCGAGGAUGGGAUGCCUUCAACAGGGCGCACACCUCCAUGGAUCAAAUCCGUCUUUUCUCGAACAACGUCGACAAGCACGUCAAAACAGCGGUGAAAUUUCUGGUCGCUGGCACGGCGGAAGAUAUCGAAUUGAUGGUCCCCGAUGCACUUAAAAACAUCGAACGAAUCGCAGACGAUUGUUUAGAGCUGUCCACGUCGGUCGAGAAAGAGUUCGUUGACGUGAUGAAGUUGAUAGCCGAACUGCUCGAAGCGUGUACGCAGAAAAAAGGGCAGCAGGAGAAGAGUUUGAGAGAUGCUAAGAUCGCUCGCUCGGUGGCCGAACAGCACAUGAAGGCGAUAGAUGCUGAGAAAGAACAAGCUGAGAAACGACAAAAACAAUUGGAAAAUCAAAUGAAGGAAGCGGAUGAAGAGUUCAAAAGUGCUAUCAACUCUAUGCCCGGCGCAUGGGAUAUGAUUGGUCUGGCCUGCGCUGAUACCCUGAUGAGUGUUACUCGCGCAUUCACCUCAAUGCCCAACAUGAUGAUGGGGAAAUCGUCCUCGCAAGCCCCUGAUGCCAGCGGAGCGGUCGGAACUUCUCGUCCAAAGAAUCCCGAGAGCGUGAUGGAGAUUUAUAAGAUCGUGCCUGAUAUUUACUGCGAAGUAGAAAUUCUCGGAAAUCUUGCAUCGAACGGCAUGAAAGGUGGUGACGAGGCGAAGAAGGCGGUAGGGCACGCAAAAAGAAAACUUGAAAGGAUUAAGAAAAAUCACCUGGACAAAGCGAAGGUGUCGGAGACAAAAAGGAAAGCGAUGAAGCUAUGCAAAGGAGCGAUUGAUCUUUGCCAAGCCUUGUCGUCUAUUAAACCACGAAUGGCCGGCUCCGAAGAAGAAUUUGAAAAGAUCAAUGAAAAAGCGGAAAUUCUUCAGGAAGAAGCUGACACCUUACUAGCCGCAUCGCACGCCUUUCUUGGUAGCAACACUCUUCCGAAUACGUCUCCAAAUCUCGCCAAACAGCCAGCUUCUGACGGCGACGGUAGUUUGGUCCAGCAAACCAUGAAUAGUUAUCGCUUCAAGACGGAAACAGCAAAGGAAAUGUUGAAGGAUUCUCGUCGUGCAUACGACAAAUCCUGCGAGGAAGUCGCCCAGAAGGCAAGGGAGGUCAGUAAUCUUCUCGUGGAAAUGAAAGAACUCGAUCUCAAGGAGAUAGACAUUGAAAAAAUCAGAAAGACGUUGAUGAGGGGAAUCAAAGCUCUUGGUGAACUAAGAGAACAGUGGGGCAAGCUGGUCGAGUUCUUCCAAAUGCUGGCCAGUAUAGUCAAGUGUUGCCUUAACACGUCCCUCAAGAGCUUCGUACAAACCUCGAGUAAUCGUUUAGCUCAAGGUAACAGCGGAAUGUCGGCUGCCAUGCGUGACGUCAUCUUCGAGCAAGCCUUUCAAGCCAAUCAGAUCGCGUAUGUGGUUCACAGCAUCUCCAGUGUGUACGUGGAAGUAUCACAUAAGCAUUUGAUGGAGCGCAUCACCUGCCUGGGUAAGUUGAUCGCGCUGGACCCAGUCACGGAUGAACACGAGAUCGAUCUCAAGCGAGAGGAACUGAACCGAGGUUGUGAGGAAGCUCAGGAGGCCAUUCGUAAGAUUGCUCUUCAGAAGAAGAGGGAAAUGGAUAAAGCAUUUGACGACAGGAUUGGAAGAAUCGAGAGCGAAGUGGAAACAUUGCUACCACCAAUUUCGGAAGCGAAGGCAACGGAGAUAAGAGAAAAGGUUCAAUCCACCAUUGCAAGUUCAAAAGCUGAAAUUGAGGCCGAGGUAGACGACUUGUGUUGAACAGUUCGUUACUUUUUCAAAUAUUUUAUAACCAUAAUAAACAGUGGAUUUUAAUUAAGUAGAAAAAUUACAAAUUCCUAUUAGUUUAGUAUACAGAACUCAAACUCACACUCAAACGAUUUGAGCAUCAGGAAACAUUGUUUCGUAGCUUAUAAAGUUUGUUGGAUUGCAUGUAUUUGUGUUUGGAGUAUUCAAGUUUUUGUAUUGAAAGUUAUUGUUAAGGAAUUCAAGUUUGUGAACUUUA